UGUUGGAACGCGAGGAGGAAUGGGAGUGGGGUUCCGGUUCCUCUUUCUUUAACAUGAAAAAAUGCCUAACAUUAUCAAUGGAGAAAAGGAUACUGCAAAGAACCAGGUUGUAAAGGAUACAGAUGAUCAGCAGCAGCCGCAAUCACAGCAGCAGCCCCCACAGCAGCAGCAGCAGCAGCAGCAGGAGCCGCAGCAGCAGCAGGAGCAGAAGGAUGAUGAUAAGCAAAAACCGCCAGCCGGUGGUGGCAGUGAUGGGCCUGUGGGCUCCGCUGCCACCACUAAGGAUGGCGUUCCCCCUCCUACACAGAUUAAUAAAAUAAAAUUUGGCCCUGGGGCUCCUCUUAUAAAGAAGGACAAGCGGCAGUCAUCGUCACGCUUCAACAUCCCCAAGAACAGAGAAUUACAAAAGCUGCCAUUACUCAGAGAUGCCCAGCCAAAUGAGAGGGAAGAGCUCUUCAUCCAGAAGAUCCGGCAAUGUGGGGUGCUCUUUGAUUUUGUAUCGGACCCCCUCAGUGACCUGAAAUGGAAGGAAGUAAAACGAGCAGCGCUAAAUGAGAUGGUGGAGUAUGUCACGACUCAGCGGCAGGUCAUAACUGAGGCGGUCUAUCCAGAAGUAGUUCAAAUGUUUGCUGGGAAUCUUUUCCGAACCUUGCCCCCUUCUAGCAAUCCGUCAGGAGCAGAGUUCGACCCAGAAGAGGAUGAACCUACUUUAGAAGCUGCGUGGCCUCACCUACAGCUGGUCUAUGAGUUUUUCCUGAGGUUCCUCGAAAGCCCUGACUUCCAGCCCUCCAUCGCCAAACGUUUCAUUGACCAGAAAUUUGUGCUGCAGCUAUUAGAGCUGUUUGAUUCUGAAGAUCCAAGAGAGAGAGAUUUCUUGAAGACUACCCUACACAGAAUAUAUGGCAAGUUCCUAGGUUUGAGAGCAUUUAUCCGCAAGCAAAUCAACAAUAUAUUUUACAAGUUCAUUUAUGAGACAGAACAUCAUAAUGGUGUGGCAGAGUUAUUAGAAAUUUUAGGAAGUAUCAUCAAUGGGUUUGCACUACCACUUAAGGAGGAGCAUAAAGUUUUCCUCUUGAAAGUACUAUUGCCACUUCACAAGGUUAAGUCCUUGAGUGUGUACCAUCCACAGUUGGCCUAUUGUGUUGUCCAAUUUCUGGAGAAAGACCCAUCAUUAACAGAGCCUGUUAUCAUCUCCCUGCUCAAGUUUUGGCCAAAAGUCCAUAGUCCCAAGGAGGUGAUGUUCUUAAAUGAGUUAGAAGAAAUUUUGGAUGUGAUUGAACCAAAUGAAUUUGUGAAGGUGAUGGUUCCAUUGUUUCGCCAACUGUCUAAAUGUGUAUCUUCACCACACUUUCAAGUUGCAGAAAGAGCUCUCUACUAUUGGAAUAAUGAAUAUAUAUUGUCAUUAAUCAGUGACAAUGCGCAAACCAUUCUCCCUAUCAUGUUUCCAGCACUUUAUAAGAAUUCCAAGUCACACUGGAACAAGACUAUACAUGGAUUAAUAUACAACGCUCUUAAACUGUUUAUGGAAAUGAAUCAGAAGCUGUUUGAUGAGUGCACACAACAAUACAAAGCAGAACGACAGAAAGAGAAGGAGAAGUUACGGGAACGUGAAGAAGCAUGGCAACACAUAGAAGAUCUGGCGGUACAAAAUCCACUGUUCGACAAAUUCUCAUCAGAGAGUAAUGACCUGUAUAGUUCUUCUUUUAUCACCUCUCCGCAGGAUGAUAAUGAUUCAGAUUUCAGUUCUUAUAGCAUUGGAGGAGAAUCCACAGAGCAGGUGAAAAAGGUGCGCAAUAAGGAAAAACCUUUACUGCGAAGGAAGAGUGAGCUACCCCAUGAUCAGUACACAAUCAAGGCACUGAGUGACCACAAGCGAGCUGACGAUUAUCUCACAACGUCCCCAGAGUUAGCAGCCACCACCAGUUAGAUUAUGAUCUUACUCUGAGAGAGAUAAUUUUUUUCAAAGAUAAAAGGAAGUUUGAAAAGAAAAGAGAAAGCAGAAUGAAAUAAUUAUAAAAAUAAAAAAAUAAAAGUUACAAAAAAAAAAAAAGUUAAAAAAAAUAAUAGGUGGAAAUAAAGAAUCACUGAGGAUGAUUAUGAUGGCACUUCUAUGAGGCCAUUUUUAGUUAGGGCUCCAAGCCGCCUUGCACAGCGGCCAUGUGUGAAAAUGGUGCCGAAAUAUCCCAUCAGGACUUGGAAAAAUCCAUCGCAACUCAGGAUUUUUAUUUUUUAUUCUUAUUUAAUUUUUUAUUAUUUUUUUCUCUCUUUUUUUUUUUUUGUCUAAUGUUAGUUCACUUGCCUGAUAUUUUGAAGGAGAUGUAAUUAAUUGAUGAUUUAGGAAACUUCUAAUGGAUUAGUAGAUUGUUUAGGUAGAUAAAUAAAUGGAAAAUAGACUUGACUUUUGCUCCCAUAUCAGAAGCCAAAGUGGAACACAUGAGACAAGGUUCAUUGUUAUCAUUUUUCAUUUAUUUAUUUUUCUUUUAAAACUAACUUAAAGUCAGUUGUCUAUGCCAGAUGUUUCAGAAAUAUAAAGCGUCAUGGGAAUUUAUGAAAUAGGUUGUACCCUACUCAUAACUCACAGUACUUUAGAUGUUUUAUUUUAUUUUUUUUUUCUUUCAUGUACAGAAAAUUAUUAAUCAUACCUAUUCCGAUGAUGUGAUGAUGUACAGUGAUAGAUUUUAUGAUAUUUUAAAAAAGAGAUUUCAGGUAAAUAAUCCUGUCAGGACUUGGUAAUACCUUAGAAAUUAUUUGAUAUAUGGUUUGACCAUGCAAAUAUGUGGCAUUGUAAAGCUUAACAGAUGUUUUAGACUUCCAUGUAUGAAGAAAAAGUGGAAGUUGAUUUGAACCAGUGCAGUUCAUAUAGCAAAUUAUCUACCUUAAAAGUUAAUAAAUUGAUGUAGUAGGGCAUCAUGCAAGUAUAACUGAAGUCAUCUGAUUUUGGCAUUUACACAACCAGUGCAUUGAAAACAACUUUGGUCUGUGGGCAUGUCUGUUUGCCAUCAUAUGGGGAAGUUUGCAUGCUAAAAAGUGUGAAGUUGUGUGAAUCUACUUAAAUGUAUCAGAUGAAUUAUACCUUCUAUGCAGCUAUGGGCCAUAUCAAGAAACUUUUACUCUUCCCAUUCUUGUAGGUGUUGUUUAUAAGUUGACUGUGGUGUUAGCUGUGUAAGUGAGCUUAAUUGUUUGUGAAUGGGAGGCAAGCAUAGCACUCGAUGCAUCAAACAGGUAAACCAAGAGUUCAAAUAUUCCCACCCGGGCUUAUUUAGCAUCUCAUUUUAUACCAAGAUUUCAGCAAUAUAGUAUAUAUGUAUAUAGGUGAUGGUGAGAAAUGAAAGGAAUGAGAGGCAUAAAUUUCCAAAUUUUGGUCAUAUUGAUAUUUCCUAUAAUUUGUUGAUCUGCAUAGGUUGUAGGGAAUGUUUGCCUUGUCUUUUUUUUUCUGAGAUUGAGUCACAUUACUGUGAUCUAUUCUAAAUUUUCAUUCUGGUUACCUUUUGUCUGAGAGGUUGUGAUUACCCAUUUGUAACAAAAUAGGCAUGCCCAUAUACUCAUUCCUUGUCUUACAGGGAGUUUGAAGAGUGAUGGUGAAUCUCCUGGUCGACUUAUACCUGUGACGAGAGGAGUGGCAUAGACCAUAGGGUAGCCAUUAUUACGGUUGUCUGCUUAUAUGUUCUGUUCAGACCAAAAGACUUUAUAAAGGAGACUCUUGUUGGAGGGGUAUUUUUUGUGUUGUUGAAAAUAUAAAAGAAUUACUUGAAAGAGCAGGAUGGUAAAUGGUUGCUAAUAACUUGCAUCAGAAAAAUUUAAUGGGAGUCUAAUUCUAACAAAUGCCCUAGAUGAACUCUAAAUAACUUGGUAUAGAUAGUACUGCAAUGAUUUAAGGAAUAAAGUGUAGGUAAUAAACAUUUUAACAGAUAGUGUUAGUCCCCCAUGUGGAAUAUGUUGUGUUACUAUAUUCAGAUAGUUAUAACCAGAGUUUAUUGCAAGAUUAUGUUGUACCAUAUUUUAGGAAUAUUACUUCUGAUUCCCCAACCUAUUGCUGGUUUAGAUAUGUCAAUGAAAUUGCCAUAAAUUGAUCCUUAUAAGAUUCCAUGCUCUGCAGGGUAUAUAGUAAGUACAGCGAGGCCAAUUUCACCAUCACAUGAAUGUCUGCAUGUAUGUUUUGUAAGUAGUAGCAAGAGCCCUAUCUAUGAGAGGUAGUGAUAACUGAGCAUUAUACAUGUGUUGAAAUCUGUAACUUGUAGUCUUUCCAAGAGGUUUCUUUUGCUUCAAUAGAGGAUGAAAGCCUUGUCAGAUUUCUUACAUUUGGGCUCAGUCGAGUAGAUCACAU